AUGUUAAGAAAUGAAAGGAUCGUUACUCGAUUUGUUGAGAAAAUAAUUUGUUGAUGUUUGAUUAAAAGUUUAAAUAUUUCAAAUUUUCCUUAGAUAAUAACAUUCCUCUUAGUAUAUACAAAAUUUGUUACCACUUACUCAGAGUUUCUUUUAUCUAUAUAUAUAAAUAGAAGCACCCACCACAUAUAUCUAUACAUUGUCUUCCAUUCAAAUUUCAAGCUAAAUUGAAAAGGAAAAAAGAGAAGAGAAGUGCACUGAAAAUAGACAUGGGUUCGGAGUCGGAAACAGUUUGUGUUACCGGAGCUUCAGGUUUCAUCGGAUCGUGGCUUGUUAUGAGACUUAUGGAGCGUGGUUACACUGUUCGAGCCACUAUUCGUGAUCCAGAUAACAUGAAGAAGGUGAAACAUUUGUUGGAACUGCCGGGUGCAAAUAGCAAAUUGUCUCUUUGGAAGGCUGAUCUUGAUAAAGAGGGGAGUUUUGAUGAAGCAAUUAAAGGGUGCACAGGAGUUUUUCAUGUUGCUACACCAAUGGAUUUUGAAUCCAAGGACCCUGAGAAGGAAAUGAUAAAGCCUACCGUAAACGGAUUAAUAGACAUACUAAAAGCAUGUGAGAAGACAAAAACAAUUAGAAGAUUGAUUUUCACAUCAUCGGCUGGAACUCUGGACGUUACUGAGCAUCUAAAGCAUGUUAUAGAUGAAACUGAUUGGAGUGACGUUGACUUUUGCCGUAGAGUCAAGAUGACCGGUUGGAUGUAUUUUGUUUCAAAGACCCUAGCAGAGCAAGAAGCUUGGAAGUAUUCGAAAGAGCACAACAUAGACUUUGUCUCCAUCAUUCCACCUCUUGUUGUUGGCCCCUUUCUUAUGGCCUCAAUGCCACCUAGUUUAAUCACUGCACUUUCCCUUAUCACAGGAAAUGAGGCACAUUACUCAAUCAUAAAGCAAGGGCAAUACGUCCAUUUAGAUGACCUUUGUCUUGCUCAUAUAUUUCUGUUUGAGAAUCCAAAAGCUCAAGGGAGAUACAUUUGCUGUUCACAUGAGGCAACCAUUCAUGAAGUUGCAAAACUUAUUAAAGAAAAACAUCCAGAGUUCAAUGUCCCUACAAAAUUCAAUGGAAUCUCAGAUGAAUUGGAAAUUAUUAAAUUUUGUUCAAAGAAGAUCACAGAUUUGGGCUUCAAAUUUAAGUACAGCUUAGAAGACAUGUUCACAGAAGCUGUAGAAACUUGUAGAGAAAAAGGGCUUCUUCCUAAAGCUGUGGAGAAUCCAGCCAAUGGUACCAAGAAGGAAUAAAUUAAAUAGUACUUUGUGUCUCAGAUUGAUUAAUUUAUUUUCUACUUUUUCUUUUUCAUAUUAAACUAGAACUUUGACUCAUGCGGUGCAUGAGUCUAAUUGGGUGUAAUAUGUAACAAUAAAAAAUAAAAUACAAAAAUUCUAAGAGUAUUUUCAAUAAGAGUAGUAUAAGAAAUUUCAUGGACUAA